GGUAAUAUAAGCACAUCAGGGAACGAGGCUAACUAAGGAGAGAGAAAUAAAACAAACUGUACAUUACAAGCUUGCACGUUCCUAGCACGCUCCAAAAACAUUUCUACACUUUUCAGCCAUAUUCAUCAAACAUAUUGCAAAAUGGCUUGGGAAAGCGCGUCUGUGGAGAGAAGCGGGGAGGCUUGAUAAAAGGGAAAUUAAGCUUCUCUGUGCCUGUGUGAGAGCCGAGUGAGUCAGACUCUCAUAUUUCAGCCCUAGCGAUAGUAUUGCUGGCUAGGCUACUUGAAGCUGGGGCCUGAUAUGGACAAAAAGAAGAGCUAAUUAUACCAAAAGGGAGAAUAUUGCAUGUUAAGUUUACAAAUUGCUUUAGCUCUGCCUAAAGAGGACAAGGAAAGUUCGUUUCUGGGAUAAAAUUGGAAGCUGGAGGUUUGUCCAGAAAGUCCGGGAAAUGGGGGAGCAGCCCAUCUUCACCACCAGAGCCCAUGUCUUCCAGAUUGACCCCUCCACCAAGAAGAACUGGGUUCCUGCUAGCAAGCAGGCCGUCACAGUGUCAUACUUCUAUGACAGCACGCGGAACAGCUAUCGGAUUAUCAGUGUCGAUGGCUCCAAGGUCAUCAUUAACAGCACAAUCACACCCAACAUGACCUUCACAAAGACUUCCCAGAAGUUUGGCCAGUGGGCGGACAGCAGAGCGAAUACCGUCUUCGGCCUGGGCUUUUCAUCUGAGCAGCAGCUGGCAAAGUUCGCAGAAAAAUUCCAGGAAGUUAAAGAAGCGGCGAAACUAGCAAAAGACAAAUCUCAAGAGAAAACAGAGGCCUCCAGCAAUCAUUCCCAGGAAUCUGGGCAUGAGACUCCAACCUCCACACAGCCAUCCAGUAUUAAUGGCACCGAUGACGAGAAGGCUUGUCACGCAGGGCCUGUAGAGGCACACCUGAAGAGUGAGAAUGACAGGUUGAAGUCUGCUGUGGCACAGGGCACGACCAACGCUAAGAAAUGGGAGACAGAACUUCAGACCCUGAGGGACAGCAAUGCUCGCCUAAUCGACUCCCUGGAGGAGUCUGCAACUAAUGUAGAACAGUGGAAAAAACAAUUAGCAGCAUGCAAAGAAGAGAGCGAUCAUCUCCGGAUAAAGAUUGCAGAGCUAGAAGCACAGUGCGAAGAAGCAGACCUCCUAAAAGAGAACAAUGCAAAACUGAGCCUGAGAGUGGAAGAGCUGAAGGCUGAUAUUCAAGAGAAAGACCUGCAGCUGGAAAACCUGAGAAAGCAAGCAGAAAUCAUCCCCCAGCUCAUGGAGGAAUGUGAAUCAAUGACUCAGAAACUACAGACUGCUGAAUUGAAAAAUGAAGAGAUGGGGAAGAGAAUGGAAACGCUGCAAGCGGACAUUGGCGAGAGCGAGCUCAAACAGAGCAUGCUGAAGACAGAGCUCAAGCGGUUCAUGGAUGUUCUAGAUGGAAAGAUUGAUGAACUGCACGAGUUCAGACAAGGGCUGUCCAAACUGGGAGUAGAUAACUGACAAGCCACGAGCCAAUCAGGAUUUCAGAAGCAAAACGAACCAUUCAGGGCCUGCGGUUUUUGGUGACACUGCUUCCCACGUAUGUUUCACAAGACAAAACAAAACGUAUGACUAGAAUGUUUCACUUGUGUGCAUCUUCUUUUGUAGAAGUCCUGAGUUCUUUGUGUUUGAAACUAACGUGCUGCGUGUUUGGGGUGUGAUGGACUGGUGGUGGCAGAUUCUGUCUUAGGAAUCUGGGAUGCUUCAAGGUAUAUGCAGUUAAGUUGCAUGGGGGGGGAAAAAUGAGAUCUUUUUUUCUUCGUAAGGGCUGGAGCAACGAUGGGAACCAAGAUUACUGAUCAUAAUCUUUGACACAAUGAAAUCCAUUAUAACCGGCCCCCACAGGAACCUCUUUCUGGUGGACUGCUCUGAGUGAAUAUCACGGUGUUGGAUAUUGUUAGGAGAAAACGAGGUCAAUUCUAAGUCAUUGGCAGCAGUUUAUAUGUUUAUGAUCUCAGGUGAGCUCUAAGACAGUUUCUACUAUGAUAUGCACAUUAACUGCACAGUGUUGCAAAGUGCCUCAGUACUGGAAAAAUACCCUCUCUUCCAGGAGAACGACAGCGUUUUCUAAUACUAAGCGAAGAGAUCUUUUGAUAUUUUUCUCGUUGCCUGAUAGAUGCAGAAUAUUUUUUAUUUUGUUUGAAGGCAGCACACAGUACAGCUCAAAUUUUAUGCCUAAAGCCCCCAAAUGCUUAACGGAUUAUAAUGUGUCAGAGGAAACAUCCCAUUAUAUGUAUGUACAGAGUUGAGAUACUAUAUUAUAUAUCGACAAUUUUAUAUUCUGGUUCCUGGGUUUUUUAAUAGAAGGUCAUUAGCAAUUUUGAGCUAUAUAUUAGGAAAAUAAAUGGAUAAAUAGACUGCCAUGAUGCCUGAAGGUUUAAAUAGAAAAGAAUAGUACAUCAUUAACU